AUGGGCGACGACGAGUUCAACGACGAGUGGGCUGAUGACCUGCGGCGCGAUGCGGCCCUGGUGCCUGCGGCUGCUUUGCUGCCUGGGUGCGGCGCCUUCGGCCCGCUCGGCGCCGAUGCCCCUCUCGCUGGAGAACCUCGCGAAGGGGCGGCCUCAGCGGAGCCUGCCUCUGCCCCCGCGGCAGCGGCGGCAGCGGCGGUGGCGGCAGGCGGAGCUAAGGCUGCCUCGGAGCAGCCGUCGGCGGAAGUCACGCAUCGGUUCUCCGUCUUGGUGGAGGCGGCGCGUCGCGAGGGCAAACCCAAGGAGGCACUCCAGUUGCUGGCCGCCAAGUUGGGUCUGCCGCCCGAUGGGGCCCGGAGCAGGGGCUAG